UACAGAACAUAUAAUCGCCUCUCUCUCUUUCUGUAUCUAUACAACAAAAUCCUCUUUUCCUCCAUAAUUCUCUAAUUCUGUAUAGAUCCACGAUCAGGCGUAUAGAUUUCGGUUCAGUGCUGUGCCGUCCACUUGUUUCGGGUUUCGGUAACUAUACAGUGGAUAUAUUAUAUAUAUAUAUAAAUUUGCAGGAUUUUUGAGAUCAGGAGGCUGUGUGAAAUAAUAAGAAGGAACGAUGUUUGGCGCUAGUAACCCUUUUGGGCAGUCUUCUAAUAGCCCAUUUGGGUCCCCUUCAGUUUUUGGGCAAAACAAUAAUGCAAACAACAAUCCAUUUGCGCAAAAACCAUUUGGUAGCCCAUCUCCCUUUGGUGCACAAACUGGAGGUUCUAUCUUUGGGGGCACAUCUACUGGUGUGUUUGGUUCCUCACCAGCUUUUGGUGCAUCAUCAACUCCUACUUUUGGGAGUUCAAUGCCUGCUUUUGGAGCUUCAUCAAGCCCAGCCUUCAGCUCAUCAAGCCCAGCCUUUGGUGCUUCAUCAAGUCCAGCCUUUGGUGGUACUUCUGCGUUUGGGCAAAAGCCUGCAUUUGGCUUUGGAUCCACUCCACAGGCGAGUCCUUUUGGAAGUUCGUUUCAGCAAUCACAACCUGCUUUUGGAACCAGCGUGUUUGGCUCAUCACCUUUUGGAGCUUCUAGUCAACCUGCCUUUGGUGCUCCGAGCACACCAGCAUUUGGAUCCGCAAGCACUUCUGCUUUUGGUGCCACAAGCACUCCUGCGUUUGGUGUCACAAGCACACCUGCUUUUGGUUCAACAUCAACCCCAUCAUUUGGCAACACAGGAUCCGGAUUUGGUGUUUCUGGCUCUUCUGUUUUUGGAUCUAGUACUCCAGCAUUUGGUGCUUCUAGCACUCCAGCCUUUGGUGUAUCAAGUUCAGCAUUUGGUUCUUCGAGUACUGCUUUUGGAACCUCAAGUACUCCAGCAUUUGGCUCUUCACCGACCCCUGCUUUUGGCUCUGCUAGCUCUCCUUUCGCUUUUGGGUCUAGUCCAGCAUUUGGUCAAUCUGCAGCUGCAUUUAGCAGCAGUCCAUUUGGUACUGCUACCUCGACCUUUGGGGCGCCAAGCUCUCCGUUUGGUGUUCAGACUACGACACCAGCAUUUGGGAGCCCUGGUUUUGGACAACCGUCUGUUCAACGUGUGGGAAGUAGAGUAACCCCUUAUGCUCAGACACCUGAGGCUGAUAGUGGUGCUAGCGGUACCGCUGUCGGGAAACUGGAAUCAAUAUCGGCGAUGCCUGCAUACAAAGAAAAAAGUCAUGAAGAACUCAGAUGGGAAGACUAUCAAGCAGGAGAUAAAGGUGGGCCAAAUCCUGCUAGUCAGUCUUCUAGUGGAAUGGGCUUUGGUAAUAAUACUCAGCAAUCAAACCUUUUUUCUUCCUCUCCUGCGUUUAAUCAGACAUCUUCAAAUCCAUUUUCUUCCACUACAUCUACCAACCCAUUUGCCCCAAAGACCUCAACUUUCAGUACUCCGGGUUUUUCAAACUCAACCCCUUCACUUGUAUCUUCGCCCUUUAGUGUUGCCACAUCUAACCCAUUUGCAUCAACACCAACUUCAACACCAUCUGUAUUUGGUACAGCUUCUGCUUUUGCAUCUGCUACUUCUCCAUCUCUUUUUGGUACUCCUAGUACAUCAACUUUUGGAACACCAUCUAUAUUUAAUACAAAUCAACCCCAGGGAACUCAAUUUUCUACUAGUCUAAACUUCGCCAACACACAAUCUACUCCCCUGUUUCAGUCCACUCCCUCCCAAACCAGUUCUCCGUUUGCGCAGAGUAACUUUGCGCAGCCUGUCUCAGCGUUUAGUGCUCCUGCCUUUAAUCAAUCAAAUGCAUUUGCAACAAACAUGUUCUCAAGCACCCCAUCAUUAAACGCUAGCAGCAUGGCAUUCAACUCGACAACUCCUUCACUUUCAAUGCCUUUUCAAUCAGCUCAACCAACUCAGAAUCCAGGUGGUUUUGCUUUCCCAGCACCAACAGCCGGCAUUGGUGGCACAUCUAGCAUUUUUGGUCAGAAUAAUUUUGGGCAACUGUCUUCUAAUCAGGUCCCAGCACUUGCACAACAGCAAUCUAUUACAAAUCCUUUUGGAACUCUACCAGCAAUGCCUCAAAUGUCAAUUGGCGGUGUGGGAAAUGCACCUUCAAUUCAAUAUGGGAUUUCCAGCUUGCCAGUGGUUGACAAACCUGCUCCCCUGAGGCUAUCAUCUGUGCUGACUUCUCGCCAUCUUUCUCAACGGCGAGUUAGGUUGCCCGCUAGGAAAUAUCUCCCGAAAACUGAUGGUCCAAAGGUCUCAUUUUUCAGUGACGAGGAAGAUACUACCAGCACACCCAAAGCAGAUGCUCUUUUCGUUCCCAGGGAGAAUCCAAGAGCUCUGGUCAUUCGUCCUCUAGAACAAGGGCCUGGAAAACCAUCAGCAGAUAAACCAAAAAAUGCUUCUUCUCCAGCACAAGCUAAUGGUGAAAGUAGAGAGUUCGCUUCUACCACUCAUGUAAAUGGGCGCUUUGCAGAUAAUGGAAAUAGAAAUCAUUCUGAAAAUGGCAUUCUAAAGGAACAAACUACAUCUAUUAAUAUGGUGCAAAAGACUAAUGGUGUACAUGAUGAUCAGUCAGCCCCGAAAUCAGACUCAUAUAUCAGCUUGACGGGUCACAGAGCCGGAGAGGCAGCAAUUGUAUAUGAACACGGGGCUGAUAUUGAGGCACUUAUGCCCAAACUACGUCAAUCAGAUUACUACACUGAGCCUCGGAUCCAGGAGUUAGCAGCCAAAGAGCGAGCCCAACCAGGUUUUUGCCGCCGUGUAAAGGAUUUUGUUGUGGGUCGUCAUAAUUAUGGAAGCAUCAAAUUCCUUGGGGAAACAGACGUGAGACGUUUAGAACUUGAGUCUCUUAUCCAAUUCAAUAAUCGCGAAGUGAUUGUUUAUUUGGACGAGACAAAGAAACCACCUAUCGGACAAGGCCUCAACAAGCCUGCUGAAGUAACACUUCUGAACAUAAAGUGUUCUGACAAAAAAACCGGGCGCCAUUUCACUGAAGGACCUAGAAUUGAAAAAUAUAAAGAAAUGCUCAAAAAGAAAGCCGAGGACCAAGGUGCCGAGUUUGUCUCAUAUGAUCCUGUUAAAGGGGAAUGGAAGUUCAGGGUUAGCCAUUUCAGUCGGUACUGGCUCCAAGAUGACAAUGAAGAUGACUUGGCCUGAAGAUGGUACUGCUUGUGAUUUUGGAGUUUUGUCAUUUCUGAUUCCUGCAGCGUUUGAUUUUUUCAUGGAAUGCCAAUGUAAAAUACAUGUCUUAGAGGUUGGAUACUCGUUUGUGCUUAUCGUUUAUUGUAUGUGUAUGGUUAAUAACUUUUUUUGUAUUACACUCAGAAUUUGUCAUGUCUUAGAGGUUAUAUAAUUUUAAAACAUGUUUUAUCCGUUGAUUCA